GAGAUGUUGCAAUCGUGCGAAGUACAGCAUCAUCGAGGCGAAGCUGGUGUCACGCAGAAAAGCAUAAUAGGAGUCACCGACCAAAUAGAGAGCUUACAAGGCGGACGGUCAGGUGAAAGGGACGCGUCUGAUUUCAGGAAGGAAUCUUAAACCCCGAUUGACAACAACAGCUUAAAGGCCUCUGGUGCUGGGACACGUUUCCUCUCAUGCCUGCUAACUUUCUGCACAACUUUUUUUUUCUUCUUCUAACGGUUCGUUAGACACGUACAAGUAACUCGUACGCCAAACUUCUUAUUUGGUGUAUUCGUCGAAUGGUUUUGCUUUAUUUGGCGAUUAAGCACUGUGGUACACAGGAAGAUCGACGUUGUUCCUGUGAUUAUCAAAUUUCAUUCAGCGGAAGUAAGGAACAAAGACUUUAGUAUUAACAAGAAGAAGCGCUGGAUGGUUUUUCCACUUAAAGACUUGUCGUUAUUUACCUAACAACUUACCAAAAGGAAAGUACAGACCUCCAAGUCCGAAGAGAAUCCUGCGGCCCAUUGAUUCUCCUCUUAUACCGUCUUGGAUACUUUGUGGAAUUGUAACACAGCCAACUACAGUUCAGGAACAGGCACCUCGUUCAGACAAUAAUUCGCCUGGAAGAGUUUUUACGUUAACUUCCAUACUUGUUGUUAUAAACCCAUUACUUUAGUUUUCAGGGGUUUUUUUCCCCUCAAAUUGGGGGAUUAAAAAAAAAACGUAUGGCGACAAAUAGCUGAGUUGGCUACAACUGGCGCUUGGAGUUCCUAAUUGCUAUUGUUCUGCUGUUGAAGAGCGAGUCCUUUGUUCAGCAACAAGAUGACCCCUUGACUGACUUCUGCUAGAUGUCUCUAUUCAUUCACAAUUCUCCCUUCACCUUUUAUAGAUGAGUGUGAACCUUUCAGCACCUGCUCUCCCACUGCGAGUGAAGCGAGUAGACUGUGAAGACCCUCACAACACCCAUGCUCUGAAAUGCAAGCGCCGUAGGUUGAGCCAGCCCCCCUCCCCUGGUCUAGCCUCUUGCAUUCGGCCUCAAACUCGCAGCCCAGAGAAGUUUUGUGUGUCUUCCAUUGGGUCCUAUUUUCUGCUGGAAGCCACAGAGGGCACGCAGACUUAUCGUGCUGUCCAUCGCAUCACUGAGCAGGAGCAUACUUGUAAGGUGUUUUCGAUGAGGAAGUACCAUGAGCUUAUUGCGCCGUACACGCGUCUGCUGCCCCAUGAUAACAUCUGUAAGAUAUCGGAGGUAAUCAUGGGGGAGCAGAACGUGUAUGUUUUCUUUGAGCGCAACUACGGUGACAUGCACUCAUAUGUGCGCACCUGUAAAAGGCUCCAGGAGGAUGAAGCUGUGUCUCUCUUCAGGCAGAUGGCAUUGGCAGUCAUGCACUGUCAUGAAAAUGGUGUUGUACUGAGAGACCUCAAGUUGCGCAAGUUUGUCUUUACUGAUGCACAAAGAACAAAGCUGGUUUUGCAGAACCUAGAGGACUCCUGUCUCCUGAAUGGAGAUGAUGACUCUCUCACAGACAAACAUGGCUGCCCGGCCUAUGUGGGACCAGAGAUCUUGAACUCACGGCAUUCAUACUCUGGAAAGGCGGCAGACAUUUGGAGCCUGGGAGUUGUGCUCUACACCAUGCUGGUGGGUCGCUACCCCUUUCAAGAUGUAGAGCCUGCUGCACUGUUCAGCAAAAUUCGCAGGGGUGCCUUCACAAUCCCAGAGGCUCUGUCACCCAGAGCCAAGUCUCUAGUAUGCUGUAUGCUCAGAAAGUCACCCUUGGAGAGGCUGGAGGCCCCAGAUAUUUUGUUGCACCCAUGGCUACACUGUAGUACCAAUGGCUUUGUCAGCUUGCACCCGAACUCUAGGCACUCAACUGACCAAGUGGUCCCAGGCUUUGAAAAAUGUGAUGAAAGAGACAGUUACUGAAAUUGGUGAAGCACUGGAGUGAGUAUUCAUCUGCUUGCACGAUCAAGGAUUUCUGACUGUUUGCAGUGGUAGCAUAAUGGGGAAGGCUGAGCAGAAUCAAGAUUCCAACACAAAGUGAACUGGAUUGCUGUUUGUAUUUCUGGCUUCUCACCUUUUGUGGUCUGUGCAGAUAGACCCAAGGACACUGGUUUGAUUUGGUUCAUUUUAAAGCCUGCCGAAUACCUGUGGUGAUGCAUGCUGUUUAAGAGAAAAAUAAAAAAGGGCUAUAAAAGGAUGAAGGGCUUGUGCUUUGGUGGCUUUAAAAGGAUUUCUGGAGCAGAUUUGCUAUUCGAAGCACAGCUGGACCUAUAGCCCAUCACUCCUGAAGUCAGUUCAGCAGUGGUGUGUGUGUGUCCUUCAUACAGUGUAUAUUAAGUUGUUGAAAGACUGAAUCGCCUGAUACCUCUGACUUUAAUCCUGGAAUACUUGAUGCACAGUAUGUGCCUUUUUAGUAUAUAUUGUUUACAUAAUUUUCAGUGGGAAACAGUUAAGUAAAUUGAAAGUGCCUUUUCCCAAUGAAAAUGAGUAAGUAGUGUGUUUUGUUUGUUUGUUUGUUUUAUAAAGUAGCCUACCAAAGAUUUAGUUUCAUCACCAAACCUCAUUUAUUGUAUGAAUCUCUAAGUUUGCUUUCUUGUAUAUGAAGGGUUCUAAAAAUAGUUUAGUGUUUCACAACACUUGGAGAUGUGUCAGAUAUAGUCUUGUGACUCACCUUUGUCUUGAUUCACUCAAAUACAGGGUAGAACAGGGAGGAUGAAUGCAGUGCCAUGUUCAGCUGUAGACAAGGAGUUGUAUCCUGUCCUGCUACAAUUUUGUAUUUUCCUUCAGGAUCAAGAUUCCUCAGUGCCAGGUUUUUAAAAAUGUUCUGAGGAACCUCCAUCAGUGCUCACAUGGUGUCUUCAUUCAUAGAUAAAAACAUGACCUAAGGCUUGAGUACUGGCUGAUGUGUAUGUGCUGUGAGGUGGACAGAGAUCCUGAAGAACAGUGUGUUUGUUCACUUGCACCACAUGUUUCCAUGUGGAGUGUGAGUUGAGAAAAAGAAAAGCAUUACAAUUGUCAGUAAUGAUGUCUGCAUAGAAUGCUUUGACUGUCAUUUGUUUGUCUAUUUUGUGAAUUUGUAAAUGUUUUUGUAACCAUGGCAAAAAAGGACACUACAUUCUGUUCUCAAAAGAAGGGGUUAUACUUGUUUUGUAAGUAUUUGUUGCCCAUACAAAUAAACAAAUGCACAAAGUUUUCAUGAAUAUGAAAUAAUGCAAUACUACUUUAUUUUUAGUGGGCUUUGACUAGUUUCAAGCCAUGGAGCCCAACAGAAGGUUAUUUUUCCACAUGAAAUAAUCCAUUUAUGAAAUUAAAAACAAAACCCUUUUAAAUCUCCCAAAAUAAUACUGGUUAAACAUAGCAUUUCAGAGCCCAACACGUAUAAGGUCAGCAAAGUUGUUGGCCAUCUUGUUUGGGUCAUGCACAUAAAGCGAUCAAUAGGCUUCAUAACAAAAGAAGCACUCCUUUUAAAACACAGGUGUAUAAAUUCAAUUACAUCUUUGUUUCACAUAGUUCUUUUCUGUGGGGUUGUUGUCUGCUUUCUGAAUAUCCUGCAUAUAUAAAUACUGGGGUGGCACGGUGGUGUAGUGGUUAGCGCUGUCGCCUCACAGCAAGAAGGUCUGGGUUUGAGCCUUGUGGCUGGUGAGGGCCUUUCUGUGUGGAGUUUGCAUGUUCUCCCCGUGUCUGCAUGGGUUUCCUCCACAGUCCAAAGACAUACAGGUUAGGUUAACUGUGACUCUAAAUUGACCGUAGGUGUGAAUGGUUGUCUGUAUCAGCCCUGUGAUGACCUGGCGACUUGUCCAGGGUGUACCCCGCUUUUCACCCGUAGUCAGCCGGGAUAGGCUCCAGCUUGCCUGUGACCCUGUAGAACAGGAUAAAGUGGCUCGAGAUAAUGAGAUGAGAUAUAAAUACUGAGUGACAUGCAUUUUAAAACAUUUAAAAUCCAAUAAUGUGCCUGUAUGCUGCAUUUUGGAAUGAAUAAGCUAUCACAAACUAGUGCUGUUCACUACCGAAGAAAAAGGGUCACAGUCCCCCCCCCAAAAAAUGUUUAUAUAUAUAUAUAUAUAUAUAUAUAUAUAUAUAUAUAAAUAAAAACACACAUGGCAGAGACAAAAACCCUGCAUAUUCCCCAUACAUGUGGAAUCAAAACACCAAUAAUUCAUAAUGUCUGUAUGUAUUCUAGACACCAUAUGCUACUCAGGGACUUUUUAAUAGCUGCCAUCACACAGAAAAUUGAGCCAAUUACUACUUAUUGUUUUCAAGGGGACAUUGGCAAUAUGACAAAAGGUUAACUGAAUCUGAACUGAAUCUCAGUAUGGAUUAGGCUAAUAAUGUUCAGCUAAGGAAAUUCAUGAAAGGGCGCAGCAUAUUCAGCCUCUGUUAUUUAAACUGGUAUGGGGGGGUGAUUUAACGGUAAACAAUUAUGAACAGUUGAAUAUUCAACGGGUAUUCUACUCAAGCAAUCAAUCACAGGCCAACAUUAGCCUUGUUUUCUGGAUGUGUAUAAAGUGAGCUUUAGCCACAAAUAAUUCGAAACACGUUUAAAUGUCAUUUACCCAUGACAUUACAUAUAAACAUCAGGAAAGUGUAUCUUUAAGUUAAUAGUUUGCAAUAGAGUUAUAUGUUGGCUAGCCAUACUUCAGAUUUAAGUGCUCUUCCUUCAAUGUGACUGUGCUCUUGCUGUACUUAAGGGCACAAGGUAAAAUCCAUUUCUCAAAUCCACUAAGCCAGCAUGAUUAUACUGAAAAGAAGAAACUCACUGGCCACCCUGGCAUACCCCAAGAAAAAAUUUCAUGACAGUAGAAAACAUUCAAACGCAUGUAAACAUCAAACACAUCCUUUAAUAUAACAGCAAACUAGAGUGAUCACUAGAUGUAUCAGAGACCAUUCUUAAAGAUUAAGGGGAACACACCACACACACAUCUUUUGACAUCAGUGACAAGAACAUGGCAGAACACACCACCUAGUGGCAAAAGACCGUAUUUUUGAAAAUUGUACAAAGGCAGCAUAUUCCACACUUUAUUCAAAUGCUAAUAAAAUGUUAAUUCAAAGAUGUAUUUGCAGUUGGAUUUCCUGUGUGUGGGGGCAUAAUUUAAGGCAUAAUUAAAAUCUAUAACUGCAUUUUCAUGAACAACAAUCCACAAAUAGCUGCCAAAAUUUAAAAAAGCAACUGUAAAGGCCAUUUGACAUUUCAGUGUCUAAGCUAGUAUGAUUCUGUCACGUUGAAAGCUACAACACACCUUACAUUUGCAAAUGCAUUUCCUCAUGCUCCAACCUGGCCAAAAAUAAAGCACAAGUGUUAACAGAUGUUACAAGGCUAAACUGACUUUGUAAUUUCCUCCAAAACACCAAAAGGUUCCAUCCACAGAAUCUGACAGACAUGUACCUUGUUUACAAUGAAAAUGCAAACACAAACAGGACUGCAUACAUGUUUUAUUUUUGGCCGAGCUGGAGUGUGAGGAUGAGAGAAAGUGUAACUACACGUAUGAGGAUUGGUGUAGCUCUUUCAAUAUGGCAGAAUCAUAACAGUACAGCAGUAUAACCAUUUAAUUUUGGCACCCACUGUGCAUUGUUUAUGAAAAUGCUAUAUACAACACAGACACAUGAAAAAAUAAGUACAUCCCAUGGAAAUGUAGACUUUUCUCAACAUAAACAAGCCAACAUUUCACCUUUUUGAUAGUGCCCACAGAUAAAGGUGAUGAAGAAAACAACAAGGAAAAUGAGCCCUUUCAAUAAUUUAUCCAACAAAAAUAUCAAUAGAUGUAAUAUUCUUCUGUGAAGAAAGUAAGUACACCCUUGGCUUCAAAAGCUAGUAUUCUCCCCUUGAACAUAACUUCUUGUAUGCAUUUUGCGCAAUUGUCCACCAGUCCCUGACAUCAGCUUGCUGAAAUUUUUGACCACUUUUCCAUACAAAAUUCCUUCAGUUGCAAGAUGUUUGAGGGUUUUCUUGCAUGCACAGCCCUUUUCAAAUCUCCCCACAACAUUUCAAUAGGGUUCAAAUCUGGGCUUUGAUUAGGCUAUUCCAUAACCCUUUAUUUCUUCUUUUUGAGCCAUUCCUUGGUGGAUUUGCGAGUGUGCUUAGAAUCGUGUUGAAAGGUUCACCUCUGGUUUAACUUCAACUUUUGAACAAAUGGCUUCGUGCUAUCUUCAAGCACAUUUUAAAUGAUUCAGAAUUCAUAGUUGAUUCAAUGAAUGCAAGCUUCCCAGUCCCUGAGGGAGUGAAGCGAUCCCAAACCAUAACGUUUCCACCACCAUGCUUCACAGUUGGUAUGAGAUUCUUCUCCUGAAAAGCCAUCUUUGGUCUGCGCCAUACGUGUACUCUUACUGUGGCCAAACUACUCUACCUCUGAUUUGUCUGUCCAGAGCACAUUAUUCCAAAAGGCCUGGUCUUUGCCUAUAUGUUCAUUGGCAAACUGUAGUCUUGCUUUGGGCAGUGGUGAGCACUGUUGCCUCAUAGCAAGAAGGUCCUGGGUUCGACAGCCAACAAGGGGUCUUUCUGUGUGGAGUUUGAAUGUUCACGCUCUCUGCGUGGGUUUCCUCUGGGUGCUCCGGUUUCCCCCACAGUCCAAAGACAUGCAGUUAGGCUAACUGGCAACUCUUAAAUUGUCCAUUGAUCAAGCUUGGAGAGGGAUGGGCUCUGCCAAGUUUAAAAUGUCCUAGACACUUUAACAGUCCAUCAGUGGUGCCUCUACGGCUCUUGCUGGCUAUGAGAAGUCGUCUUGUUUUAACAUUCCUUUUGAACAGCAAAGGAUUUUUCCUGGCACACCUCCCAUGCAAGUCAAAUUUGUCCAGUCUCUUUCUGAUUGUAGAUGUAUGCACUUUCACACCAACAGUUGCAAGAGUUACACAUUUUGUGAUGAAAUUUUAGGGUUCUUAAAGAUUUUUUUUUUUUUUGGCAUCAAAUGGUCUGCUCUUGGGCUAAAUUUGCUGGGAUGGCCAGUCUUGGAAAAAUUGGCAGUUGUUUGAAAUAUAUGCCACUUGCAGAUGAUUUUCCUUACAGUGGAAUGAUUUAUUCUGAAUAAUUUAGAGAUGUUUUUAAAUCCCUUCCCAGAUUCAUAGGCAUUCACAACCUUUUUCCUGAAGUCCUCAGAGAGCUAUUUUGAUCUUGCCAUGAUAAUACCACACACUUCAAUAAUAAAGAGAACAGCAAACAGUAGAUGUCAGGUUUAAAUAAGGCAGAGUCCACCUGCACCUUAAAGGGCAUAUCACGGGUAAAUUCAGGAGCAAGAUCAAUGUAAUUCUUCUAUUUUAUAUUAAACUUUGGUCAAAUAUCUGUAACAUUCUGUAUUCUCUGCAAUUUUUUUUUACCUUGCGCAAUACCAGAAAAAUUCAGUUGAAAUCAAGCCAUUUGAGGCGAAUUCGUCCGCCUCUGAAAAAACUUUGCAUUUGAAUUUCCCGGGAAACAUUUAAUUUUGUGACAUCUGAAUCAGCGCUGGUUUGUUUAUGAGAAAACGACCUGGUGGUUUUCUGCAAAUUUCUUCAACGUUAUCACAUAAUUAUUAAAACGGUUAACAGAUGUAUCGUAGGAGGGUGUAGCAACACCAAUCUUGAUGGGAUUAGUACUCAUCGUUUCCCAAAAGACCAGACAAUGAGAGAGAAAUGGGAGCGCUUGGUCUACACAGGCUGUGCACUGAAACUGCGCAAGCUCGUGCAGCCUGCUGGCGCUUCCGCAGAUAACGUCACGAUUCUGGCUCCAGACUCCCUUGGGAUUUUUCCAGAUGCAUUUUGUUAUUUUUUUCUGCUGUAGACAGAUGGCCUUGUGCAAAAUUACCCUUCUGGAUGAGUGUGUAAAGGGACAUACUUUCAUAUAGAAAAAAAACGAAAUUGGUCCAGAAUAUGCCCUUUUACCUGCAGGAGGUUCUAAUCAGUGGCACUCAAUAUGGAACACCUGAUUCUAAUUUUAUGGACUUGAAAAUGUGAUAAAUGUAAGGGUGUACUUAUGUUUUCUGACUGAUUUUUUUAAAAUUUAAAUUAUGAAAAUGACUACAAAAUGUCAAUUUUAUGUGUCAUUUGUUGGAGUAUAUCACCUUUAUUUGUAGGCAUUGUAUCAAAGAGGGUGAAAUGUUUGCUUGCUUAAAUAUGUUGAGAAAAGUUUACAGUUUCCAUGGGAUGUACUUAUUGUUUCACGACUGUGCGUCUGUCCCUCUCUGUGUUUAUUUAUAUUAAUCAAAUAUACCAUGCACUGAGAGGCUCCAGGUUGAAAUUAUGGAUUCUCUGAGGUGACUGGCAUAGUACUGUUUUGUGAGGGGCACAGCAAAAAUCAGAAAGUUGUUAAAACUAUUGAUUUGUGUGGUUCUUUUAAUGUGUUCAAUUGAAAGUCCCCCUGGCUGAAAUGUUAGUUUUUAUUUAAAUUGUAUUAAUUACUUCUAUUUUUGUCUGUCUUUACUGUAAUAAAUAAAUAAACAAACAAA